UUCGUUUUGUGAUGCGUGUUUUCUAUUUUUAUUUGCGGCCUGUAUCUCUCAUAUUUUAUUUGGGGGAUCUGCUGGAUCUCCAUUAUUAUAAAAUAACACAAACCUAAAAACAAAUGAGCCCUUUAACACUCUUAAAAGUGUCAUCAUGUUGGUGGCACAUUGCGCGUAAAGAUGCUGCUGCUGGAUGUCCUGGAUGCUCAAAGAUCUCUGUGACUAAUUGACCACUGUAAAAAAUAUCUGUCAUUUAUUGAGUCUCGUUAUUUUUCCCCCCUUCAACUAGUUGAUAAAACUGGCAAUUGAUUAUAUAAUUUAACCCGUUUCCUCAUAAAUCAACUUGAUACAGUCUUAAAUCUUAUGUCACCUAAUGAUUCCAAUAAAGUAAUCCAUCUCAUUUUGCAGCAUUUCAAAGUUCUGACAUGCUAAAAGGAGUAAACUCGUGAUUGAUUUAGAGAGAAAACUGGGCGUUUUACUUUUGGAGUACAAUCAGUUCUCCUUUUUCUCAGUGAACUUAAGUCUUUAAUGCCGAGAUAGAUGUUAAGAUGUGCAUUUUUUGCAGUGGGCCCAUGUGGAGGAAUGCACACUGCGCACCUCCCUCCCCUCCCCUCCCUCCCUCUGUGACGCGCUGAGGGGAACCAGAGGAACAAGCCCUCUGUGAGACAGAGCAAAGGGGAGACACUGAAACGGAUAAAGGGGAAGAGAGGAAAAUAUUGUAGUGAGUAGGGAGAGGCGUGCCAAUAAUCAAGGAUUUGGAUGAAGGCGCGCGUCUAGGAGAACACAUGGGAACGCACCGGAUCAAUUACGCAGCGUCACGGAGCCGCCGCGACAGAAGAGGGGCUCCCUGAGGUGCUGAGGCUGCUGCUGCUGCUUGUUCUGCCCCGUCCUGUCCUGACUGAGCCGGAACACUGAGCACUUGCAGGAAUAAAGUCAAAGUUCAGACGGAUACACGACUCAUAGAAACACAGACUCCUUUUCGCCAAGAUGCAGGGUCUGAGUUCCCGGGCUCACGCGUUUUCGGUGGAGGCGCUGGUAGGGAAACCCUGCAAGAGGAUGAAAGUGUCGGAGGGACACGAGUCAAAUUCAGCUGGAGACACCGGCAGUGACACAAGCAUCUUCACCGGCCUAAGUGAGUAUCCAGUCAGCCAGAUGAAGAAAGCAGCUUCAACGUUGAGGAGGCCAGAGGACACUUCCUGCGAUCCGGAGAGACAAGCUGUCAGAUCAGGAGCUGAAGAGUCUGACCCGGGAGGAGAGGAGAACAAGGCGAAGGAGAGCGACUGCCGCCCGGACAGAGAGGUCCGGGUGGAGCUGCAGGGCUCCGAGCUGUGGAAGAGAUUCUAUGAGAUCGGCACCGAGAUGAUCAUCACUAAAGCCGGCAGGAGGAUGUUUCCCUCGGUGCGCGUCAAAGUGCGCAAUCUGGAGCCUUGCCAGCAGUAUUACAUCGCAAUGGACGUCAUGCCGGUGGACUCCAAACGCUACAGGUACGUGUACCACAGCUCGCAGUGGAUGGUGGCUGGAAAUACAGACCACUCCUGCAUCUCUCCCAGACUCUACGUGCACCCGGACUCGCCGUGCGCAGGAGAGACGUGGAUGCGUCAGGUCAUCAGCUUUGACCGGAUCAAACUUACCAACAACGAGAUGGACGACAAGGGACAUAUUAUUCUUCAGUCGAUGCAUAAAUACAGGCCACGUGUGCACGUCAUCCGGCAUGACCCUCGUAUGGACUUGUCACAGAUCCAGUCGCUGCCUGCUGAGGGAGUGCACAGCUUCUCCUUCCCAGAAACUGAGUUCACCACCGUCACAGCCUAUCAGAAUCAACAGAUCACAAAACUGAAGAUCGACAGGAACCCAUUUGCCAAGGGCUUCAGAGAUCCAGGGAGGAAUAGAGGGGUGUUAGAUGGCCUGUUGGAGUCAUAUCCCUGGAGAGGCCCUCUCAGCUUGGACUUCAAGCCAUUUGCCAUACAGCUCCAAGGGAGCUCAGGGUCGUCGACCGGCAGCGCCUCCCCUCUGAAGAGUCUCCUACCUCUCUCCUCUUCCUCAUCCCUUCACCCAUUCUCUGUCUCCGCACUCUCCUGCCAGGACGCCGCUCUCCACACCCUCGCUCUUCCUCUCUACGGGAAGACCUCCGCCAGCUCCCCGCUGCCCAGCAGAGCCUUCUCCUCGCUGGGAGCAGACAGACUGAGAGGCCUGCCCCCACUGUCUCCGCUAACAGACCUCCCGCUCCUCUCUGCGCUGCAGGGAAAGAAACCUCCCCACUGCAGGGACCCAUGUCUUCACGGGUCUCCGGGGAGCUCCCCUUGCCUGAUCCCCCUCCACAGCCCCCUCAAUCCUCAGGGGCCCUCGUCUUCUCUCCUCCCUCAUCUCUCAGACACUGCCGGCCCCUACUGUCUUUACCGCUACAGCUUCCCCCUGAACCCCCAACUCGCAGCGAUUUCCCGGCAUGCCAAACUCGCCGAAGACACCACAGACUGUCUGCUGCGCCAGUCUCCGUGGCACCCGACCACCAACCACUGCCUCUGACAGCUGGACCGCACUUGCAGGCUCCGGCCCAUUGAGUGUAACAAGCCAAAGCUUAUUGCAACAAAACAGAGUGGGCUGAUUCUCUUUGAGCAAGACUAACUGAGCAACUAAAAGGAGUGCUAAAGACAGAACUGUGACCACGGGACGUUUUUGUAUUUAAAACACUAUUUUGUACACCGUGUUGGAUUCACCAGCAUAAAAACUGAUUCUGAGCAAUUCUUCUUCACUGUGCACACUCAACUAGAGCCAGUACUCCCGAGUUUGGAGUUAACAGAAAUGUAGGCAGGAUUUUCAUUUGGAACAAAGAGUUAAGUCUCUUUAUGGCCCAACAGAUCCUUUCACCGCCUUAAACAAGCUGUAAUGGUGUUACCAAAGAGCAAUAGGACCUGAGGUAUGUAAUCUAGAUGUUAAUGUACAUGUCAGUGACUGUUAAACUCACUUAAGUGCCCAUUAAAAGUAUUUUUCAUAUUUUUUUCAG